AUGCUCAAGGUCUUCGGCUAUGAUCUCGACAUACUCGAUAGCGUAGACCGUGUGCCUGGCGACGCAGAUACUGAUUGGGAAAUCACCUACGAGCCAUCUGCUGAUCGAUGGAAGAGAGGAGUAGAGCAAUUGCAGAGAGGUGACCGGGAAGGUUUCACCAAAAGCAUGUUCACACGUGUAUUCUAUCUCAACGGGGACGGAGACUGA